AUGAAGUACCUCCCAAGGGCCCUCUUGACUCCUCCCACCGUCAACUUUGCGGCUCCUGAUCCAGCUGCUCAUCCAGCCAUCGGUGCGCUCGACGCCUACCAGAUCAACCGCCGCAAGUGGCUAUAUCAGCUGCGUCGACAGACUCGUUCGCUAGUCCUGCUCUUCGCUACGCUGGAGACAGUCUGGCGUGGAUCUGCGAACAUCGUUUCUGGCAAGAGCUACAAUGCAGAGAUCGAUCAUGGCUUCGUGUAUAGCAUUGGAUACUUCCUCUCGUGGGUCUUUAGCUGCUUCUUCGCCGUCAUCUAUGCAAGUUUAUUUGAGUGGUGGCUGCCUCUGCCGUCUGCUCAACCGGCCGCUGGAUUACGUGACGAUGCGUCUCACUCGACUGCACAGGCCUUCGGAGAAUGGCUGCAAAAGGCCGACAUGAUUAUUCUGCCAGUUGCUAUUGGAAUGACCCUGGCCGUUUGGGGUGGAUUGGUCGUUAUGGCUCUCUUGGACGUCGGCAACACUCGCUUAAAGUACACGUCCAAGUUCCGCUCUGUCCUGAUUGUUCUUACCUCAGUCGCCUGGACCUUGGGCUUCGGUUACUACAGCCUCGAGCUUCUCUCACGCUACGGCUUCAGCAACGGAGAUGACAUGGUUCCGCUCGCCCGUGUUCGUUGGGAGAUGGAUGCUUGGGUCUUGACCCCUAUUGCCGUCAACAUCGGCAUGGCAAUUGGCACCGCAUUUGUCGGCAGGUUCGAGCGCAAACGCAUCGCCGUCGUCGACGCACGAAACCAUGUCGAGGAGCAACUCAUGGGACAAGCUGUACUCGACGAAAAGGCUUAG